GGGAGGGAGACACUGUUGGCUUUUGUUCCCGACCACCUUGCUCUUUGCGUAGUGAAGGCACUGUUGGGAGGACGAGGACGCUGAUCCCGAUGGCGAGAAGAGUGUCCCGAUCCGUCUCGUCCAUGGCGGCUAUGGCGGCGCUGCUGGUACUUGCCUUAAUGCAGUCCGCCAUCCACGGACAUGCUGCGUCCCCGGAUCCUGGUACGGUCAAGAUCGAGAGUUUCAGUUAUGCCGGCGACGGUUGCCCACCUGGUUCCGCCGAGGGCGCGGUGUCCGAUGACGGCCAAGCGCUCACCGUCAUGUUUAGCCAGUACACUGCCUCGACAGACGCUGGCAGUUCCGGUCUGAGGAAGGCGUGCACGGUGACGGCCGUGCUGAGUUAUCCGCUAGGUUUCCGGUUCCACCUGCUGGACGUCACCAUGCGCGGGUACAUCAAGCUGGACGCUGGCGUGACGGGCACCGUUCAGACCAGUUACCAUAUCUCCGGGGUAAGCGGGACGACACGAGCUAAGCGCGUCAUCACCGGCGCGUUCGAUGACAACUUUGAGUUCACGGACAGUUUCGCUGCAGCCGUCUACAGCGAGUGCAACACGGUCAGGAACCUCAACCUCGUCUCCGAAGUGCGAGUGAAUCCUGGGAACCCACCGGCAAGCGGCCUCCUGACCAUGGACUCUCAGGAUCUCCGGCUCACGCAAGUCUUCGCCCUCGCCUGGGAGUCCUGCUGAACCCCAGGCCAUUGCCACCUUGUCGCCUCAGCACGUAGCACGCGACCAAACUAGGCUACAUGCUCACGGACGGA